AUAAAGACCAAUUUAUGAGGGGUGAACAAUUAACAGUAGUCCUGCGUGCCUUAUUGCUGUUCGCGAGUCGCAUGCCAUUGAGUGGGAAGAGAAGGAACGGCCCCUUUUCUAUGGGGAUUGAUCUUCCGGGGCACUGAGGUCUUACUUCCUGCCGCGGGCAAUGUCAGGCGGCGUGUCCGAACGGUACCUGUCCCGCGCGUUGCCCUCGUUUCUCCGGAAGCCGUGGUCCACGCUUAGUUCUCUCGGGGCGGCGGACGGAAGCCUUGGGCGCUGGCCAUGAGGGAGGUCGGCGGGUCCGCGAUCCGAACCGGGCUGGCGGGCUUCGUGGUGGGGGCCGGCGUCUGUUACUGCGUUUAUCGGGUGGUCUCCAAGACAAGGAGGAACAAUGGAGGAGUCGCCGCCGCCCCCCCUGCGGCCGAGACCGAAAGGGAAAGGGCGCCGCAAGGAAGCCGGGAGGCGCCGGGCUCCUCCGAGAGGCACGGCGUGUUUCCCAGCCCUCCUCGGAGAGAUUCUGCCAGUCUUCGGGAAGGAUGUGUGGAUCUUCCAAACUCAUCCCAUGAUCUGAAGGCAUGCCACAUACAGAAUCUUAUUCAUUUACUUGAGUCUACAGAAGAUCCCUCAGUUCAAGAACAAAUCUUGAUCACACUCAGCAACAGUGCUGCAUUCUCUGUAAAUCAAGAUUUAAUUCGAAACUUAGGUGGCCUCUCUGUUGUUGGAAAAAUGCUGUCUGUUCCUGACACUGAUGUUAAAGAGAAAGCACUGAACACCCUUAAUAACCUGAGCAUGAAUAUUAAAAAUCAAGAAGUGCUAAAGGUGUAUAUUACCAGAGUCUGUGAAGAAAUUGACUCAUCUCCUUUGAAUUCUGAACUACAGUUGGCUGGGCUUCGAUUCUUAACCAAUAUGUCUGUUACUAAUAACUAUCACUGCAUGAUGACUAGUUCCAUUCCAUGCUUUCUUCAUUUGUUAUCGAAAGAAAAUGAAAGAACACAGGUCCAAGUUUUGAAAGUGCUUGUUAAUUUAUCAGCAAACACAGCCAUGACAAAAGAUCUUCUUAAUGCUCAGGCACCUUUCCUGUUGUCCCUGCUCGAUGGAAGCAUAAACAAAGAAGUUUUGCUCAGAUUUCUGCUGUUUGCCACGAACCUGACGAAGAAUAUGAAAAAGGAGAAGAAUACCACUGUCAGUCAAUACAAUGAAGAUUCUAUUUUUUCUGUUCUGUGGGGGAAUUCCACACUGUGUGCUCAGAAACUUGCAGCUUUAUUGUACCAUCAUGACACAGAAAUCAGAGAACAAGUUGCUGAACUGAUAAUGCAGCAAGGCUGAAAUCGGGCAGUGAACUGUAAAAGCCUCUCAUAAUCUUGAAUUUAUGAAAAAUGAAUGGACUAUGGUGUAUUGCAGCACUUGCUUUUCAGUGCAGGAAGUUUUCUAUAAAUGCAACUCUCCUAAACAUUCACAGACCUCCAAUAGUUCUGGAUAGAAGUUACAGAACUGUUACAUUUCUUUUGUAUGCACAGAAUCACUUCAACUAUGACGGAACUGCAUAUGCACACUGAAAUAUGCUAUUUUAGAGUAGGAAUCAAAAGCCUGCAGCAGUUCAGAAGAUAUUGUACUCUGCUCCUGUCCAUGUCACUAGUGUCUAAGGCUUAUGAAGUAGGAUUCCUGUAACAUGCAGAUGAUUGCUUGCCUACUCUUCCCCUUAGAGCUCUACCAUCUUGCUGUUUUGCCAGGCACAUUUUCUUUUAAUAUAGCUUGUUUUUCUACAGAAAUUUCAACUGCAUUAUUUGAAAAUGC